AUGAAGGAGGUCGUUGCGCGCGCGGCUACUCGGCAGGGCGGGACCGCUGCCCGUGGCUCGGAAGCAGACGGCGACAGGCUCACGCACGAGGUCGGGGUGGCGAAGGGAAUGGGCGGUCCCUUUGAGAAAAUGGCGAAGGACAUCGCCGUGCGGAUGCGGUCCAAAGUCCAUCAGCAGAGUUUUGGCAACUCCGUGAGGCGGGCGCAGGAGCGUCGGUUGUCCCCCGCGGGGCGGCUGGCGGUGGAGCGGGUGGCGGAGCUCGUGGCGCUGCAGCAGCGCCACCAGCGCACCUUCGACCCCGCGCUGCGGACGGAGGCGGUGCAAAUUCUGCGCGCCCUCCCGCUCCUCUCCACGGACGAGGACCCUCGCUUCGUGCAGGCGCAGCGCGCGCUCCGCGUCGCCGCCUACUUUGACGCCGUGGACCUCCCCGCCACCUACGCCCUCAUUAACCAGCACACCAAAAACGCCUUCCUCUUAGACGCGGUGGCCGUGUCCGCCUUUUUCCUCAUACUCUCCAAGUUGCGGCACCCGCAAACGGCGGAGAUUGUGGCGAUUUUGCUUCCGCGCCUGCGGGAGGUGGCGCCGGACCUAAUUCCGCGAGAGGCCAUUCACGUCCUACGGCUGCUGCACCGCUGCGGGGUGGGGGACGCAAGCCUCGUAAAAAUUCUUACCGACACGGUCGUCAAGACGGUUGCCGACACCCCACUCACGGAUGUGCGUCAGUGCGCCGUUAUGCUGGCCGAGGCGUACCCCGAGGAGGCCAAACAGGUUCUUGCCGCGGCGGAAACGCGGCUCUGCAGCGAGGUGGAAGUUUGCGAAGAUGCAGCUGCGGCCAAGGGGAUAAUUUUGGAUGUCUGUCGCGUGAUCGCUUUGACCUGCAGCGGCCCACGUGGGCUUCUCAACAGUGUCGCCCGCCGCUCCAUGGAUCUGGCGCCGCAACUGACGCCACUUGAUAUUGGGUACAUUUUAAAGGCAUUUCAUAUGUGCUCGUACCGCCAUUUGCGUCUCUUGCGAGUGUUGUCCUCCUCACAGGCGUCGCACCUAACAGAGCCAGCCGGAACGCUGAGGGACCCCACCCCGUCUGCCGUCUCCAUGACUCUGCAGGCGCUGGCCCACUUUUACGUCGUGGGGUGCGAAGAGGUUGUACUGACACUAGUGAACGCGGUGCUGUCGUCGCUGGAGGGCCUCAACUUCGCCCUUGCGAUGGUCGCUUGUGUCCGCCUUCAGUGUGUCUCACCGGGCGUUGGACAGGCCACAGAGCUGCUGUGUGGCGCACCACUACAACGCUACCUCCAGAACGCCCACAGCGUGGCAGUCACGAGCCGUCUCCUCUACGCCCUUGCACAGGCUGGACGAUGCGUCACCGCGGAUGACGUCUCCAGCCUGCAAGUCCUCUUGCGGGCCCUGCUGCGGAUCCGUUCCCCCAUUCCAGACGAUUCUAGGAGCUUUUUAUUGGAAGCCGUGGCCACGUUGGCUGCGGACAGCCGCUGCGUUGACGACACGCUGAAGGAGCUGGUUGCCAAGGCGCGGGAGCGGCUGUUGUGUGAUCACAGAGGUGCUUCUGCACCCUCGUAG